AUUUACAAAAUUGUAAACAAAACACAACAACGUGACUCGACGGAGAGAAAAUCCGAGUCUGAAAUCUGCUUUUUAUUUAUCGUAAUUUUACAUUUAUUGAAUUAAGAUAGACCUCUCGAGAUGGCACCAAAGAAUCAGAAGAAGAAGGGAAAAGGAAUGAAAGCUGUAAAUAGACAGACCAAAGUCCAUAUAAAGUUUGAUCCCAUUGACCGAAGGAAAUAUCUGAAGGGAUUCCACAAGCGAAAGGAGGAGCGUCGGAAAGUGGCCCAAAAGCAGCUGGAAGUGGCCAUGAAGAAAGAGAAAAGGGACAUACGGAAAGAUAGGCGAGAACUGCUAGAGAAACUCAUCACCUACAACGAACACAUGCUUCAUGAGGACAAGAAUCAUGACAAGAAGGAGGAGGAAUCAGAAGAGGAGGAGGAGGAGAAAGUGACGACCACCUGCGGCAAUGCUACCGUGGAAAUCAGCUCCAUGAACUUGGCCUCCGCUAACUUCUUCAUGAACCCACUGGAAGCAAUCAAGAAGAACCAGAUAAAAAGUACAAAUGGAGCCACGGAAUCAGAAGACAACAUCGACAGUCAACCCCCAGAGGAUGAAAGCACCCCCCAGGAGAGGCUACUCGAGCUUGGGGUUUACAGCCAGAAGGACCUGAACAAGUCGAUCAAACGGACGGCCUUCCGUGCCCAGCAAAAAAGCCGGCUGAUGCAGCAGAAGGAGAAGACCUUAGCGCGCGAGCAGAAGAAGAAGCAGGCCAAGGUGCGGGCCAAGCUCAAGGCGAAGCUGGAACGGCCCAACAAGAACAAGGGCCGCAGACACUGUCGAUAGUGAGGAAGGGCUAGGAGGGCUAGGUUAGAAAUUUUCCUGGUGAAGAGGAAGGCCUUUUUUCAUUAUUAUUUUUUGAUACUAUGAUUUUUGUUGUUGAUAAUAUAAAUUUUUU